AUGACGUCCGACCUCAUCAGCAAGAUCAUCGCGCAGGGCGACCGCCUGGCCACGCACAGCUGGGAGUACGGCACCUUCUCCGAGGCACUGCUGGAGUGGUACGACCCGAGCUACUCCGUCUUCGGCAACGAGACGUUCCCGGCCGGCAGGAUUCCCGUAUUGCAGGUUGACCAGGUCAGGUCGCUGGAGUAUGCCAAGCCGCAUAUCUGGACGAACAUGACGACGCUGAUUGACGGCGAUGGCGCCGCUGGCGACCCGGCCUCCCUCGGCGUCUCCGCCAUCCUGAUCGGCCAGACACAGCCGGCGUACGAAGCCGCUGCAGACCGGCAGAUGACGCACCUCCUAACGGCAGUGCCGCGCUGGCCUAACGGCGCCAUCAGCCACCGCGAGGCCGUCGCCGAGCUCUGGGCCGACUUCCUCUACAUGGGACCGCCGGCGCUGGCCUACUGGGCCGUGCAGCGGGACGACGCUGGCCUCCUCGACGAGGUCUUGCGGCAGUGCGGCCUGUACCGCGACGUGCUGGGUGUGCCGGAGGGGUCGGGGAACGCGUCCGGGUUGUGGCACCAUAUUAUCGGUCCCGAGACGCAGGACCUGGGGGUCUGGAGCACGGGCAAUGCGUGGGCGGCGGCAGGCAUGAGCCGCGUGCUGGCGACGGCGAAGAAGGCGCCGUUUGCUGAGACGGUGAAGGGGCUGGGUGGGCUGAAGGGUAUUAUCGGGGGUAUACUGGACGCUGCCAUUGCCCUUGACAGAGCGGAGCCUGAGGAGCCACUGCUGCGGAACUACCUCAAUGACACGAGUUGGUUUGGCGAGCUGUCCGGUACGACGCUGUUGACGGCUACAGCGUAUCGGAUGGCGCUUCUGGAGCCCGAGGAGUUUGGCGGGGAGGAAGCCGGUUAUGUGGCCUGGGCGGAUGAGAAGAGGGCUGAGAUCAUUGAAAGGAUCGAUGAUGAAGGGCUGUUGUCGCCUGUUAUUAACCCGUUGGAGUGGGGAGACAGGCAACCGGGGACCGAGUCGCCUGAGGCGCAGAGCUUUGCUGUCUUGAUGUAUGCUGCUCACCGGGACUAUCAAGAAAGCUGUUCUAGCCAUUCUGAAGCUUGA